AUGGUUCCAAUUUUCAUUCUUCUGACUAUUUUAUAUUCGUCUUACGGACAAGAUUGCUCAACUCCACAGACCCUCUACACAUGCUAUAUUUCAUACCUUGGAAAAUACGGAGUUGUCCCAGACGAUGGUUAUUUGCCUCGUUCUGAAUUUUUGCUCACUCAAAUGACAACUCAUGGACUUCCAGUCAUUUGCAAAGAUUUCGAUGAGCUGACUGGCUGUCUCGGAACUGCUUCUACAUACUGUGUCAAUUUCAAUGUAUUUUAUAGUUAUGCUAAUGGUCGAGAUCCUCAAAGAGAAGCUCUCGCAUAUCUCCAGAAUCAUGCAUUUUUCGAAUUUGCAUGUGGAACAGGAAAGGGCUUGUUCAUGAACAACAUCGACUGUCUCCAAAGAUCUUUUGAACAAGUACCUCUCACAAAUCGAAUGCAACAGUGUGGACAGUCUAGUUUAGUAGUCAACGAUAAUUCUUGUCCACCGGCACUUGAGGUCACCGACUGUGUGAGACAACAAAUAGUUCAAGCUUGCGGACAAAGCGCUGGAGCUGCUGCAUGCGGUGCUGCGGCAAACAUUGAACGUCGUCUGGAUUUCCUGGAUGCUGCAUGCCUGACUGAAAUGGAUGCUAGAUGCUCUGUAUGCCAACUAAAAAUUCUCACAUCAUUUAUUCUUUUCUUUAUUCACCGAGUUAUUUUCAGUUGA